AUGACUGGAACUGGAGUUAUGCAUUUCAUUUUAAAUUUCUAUGGCCCCGAAAAUAAAAUCCACAUGAUUGUUGGUGGUACCCCUGGAAGCGGUCUCCUCCUAGGUAGGGAGCUCCAUCCCGCUUAUCGGUUGCCUCCACAUAUGGAGUACCUCUAUUCUCUCCAACAUUCCACAAGUAAUUCUAUUCAUGGUUUAGGUUUGAGUCCAGAAUACCUCAGCGCCAGAAGUCUCACAGAACUACACCCUUCAUCCACCCUGGCCAGCACCGAAUUUCCCUUCAGCAUUGACGGUUCGAGGCUGAACAGCCCGCGGCCGGGCAGCAUCCGCGCGUCCCGCAAGAGGGCGCUCUCCUCGUCCCCCUACUCGGACUCCUUCGACAUCAACUCCAUGAUCCGUUUCUCGCCCAACUCCCUGGCCUCCAUCGUGAACGGCUCUCGCUCCUCCAGCGCCAGCGGUUCCUACGGCCACCUGUCGGCGGGGGCGCUCAGUCCGGCCCUGGGAGUCCACCCCGCCGUGCACCUGCAGCAGCUGCAGGCCCACUUCAUGCGCACCUCUGGCACGCUGCUGCCGCUGCCGCCGCCGGCCGCGCCGCCGCCUCAUCCUAUGUACUCGUUGGGACACCACCCGCUGCACGUGUCCCACAGCGCAUCCAAGACUGAUAUUAUAAGCGAACGGAAAAAGUCUGAGUCUAGUACAAUAACGCAGCUGGACGCCGAUUCGGCGGCGGUUCGCAAGUCCAAGAUCAAGAAGGAGCCAUCGCUGAACUCCUGCGGGCCUAAUGAAGCUGCGAACGACCCCACAGACCUCAAAGACGAGCCAGGAGACUUCAUCGAGACCAAUUGCCACUGGAAGGACUGCUCUACAGAAUUUGGCACCCAAGAGGAACUAGUUAAGCACAUCAACAACGACCACAUCCACGCGAACAAGAAAUCGUUUGUGUGCCGAUGGGAGGGUUGUUCCAGGGCAGAGAAACCGUUCAAAGCCCAGUACAUGUUGGUAGUUCACAUGAGGAGGCACACCGGUGAAAAACCACACAAAUGUACUUUCGAAGGCUGCUCCAAAGCUUACUCUAGACUAGAAAAUCUAAAGACUCACCUUCGAUCCCACACGGGAGAGAAACCCUAUACUUGUGAAUAUCCCGGCUGUUCCAAGGCGUUUAGUAACGCUUCCGACCGUGCUAAGCAUCAGAACCGAACACACAGCAAUGAGAAACCAUAUGUGUGUAAGGCUCCCGGCUGUACAAAGAGAUACACGGACCCCAGCUCCCUCAGAAAACACGUCAAAACAGUCCACGGAGCUGAAUUCUACGCCAGCAAGAAGCACAAAGGCUCCGAACCCAGUUCCGAGGAUGGUCCUGCUGGCCUGGAUUCCAGUCCUCGUAGCGAAGACUUACAAAGCCACAAAACAGCUAGCCUCAGCAGUCCUAGCAUCAAAUCGGAGUCCGACGUUAACUCUCCUGGACACCAACAACAAGGUAGCCCACUGGGCGCCACUCAGUUAGUUGGAGGGUUCAACGAUGACUUCUCAGCAGACUUAACGGGCAAUAUACCAAGAAACGAACCCUCAGACGACCCAUCCUGGGCUUACGAUGCAGAAGAUCUGGAAAUAGAUGAUCUGCCCAUCGUUUUGAGAGCUAUGGUCGGAAUCGGAAGCGAACGAGGCAGCGUGGCGCUAGCAGACAGAACGUCCAGGUUGCGGAUGAAACACUUGGGAAAACCCAAGCCAUCUAGCAUCCCCACUUUAAAUACACAAAGGAAAAACAUAGCUGACUUGAAUAGGCGUAUCACGGAUCUCAAAAUGGAGAGCGGGUUGCCUCAAACACAGGCGAAGACGCAGCUUACGGAGUUACAACAAAGACUCCAGCCUCCAGGCGGCACCCAAGCACAGAUAAGGAGAGAUAGUAAUUCCACCGUGAGUUCUUACUACGGUAGUAUGAGGAGUGCCGAUAUGAGUCGGAAGAGUAGUCUUGCGUCGCAAGGGUCGAGUAUGAGACCAGGAAUGGCACCCGGAUCCUUUUAUGAUCCCAUCUCGGCAGGUAGCUCCAGGAGAUCAAGUCAAUUGUCCACUGCCACGACUGGCGGUACUUGCAUCCCUCCUCCUCCACCUUCUCACCUGCUCGCCGGGCAGCUGCAGAGGCUGCAGAAUUCUCCGAACCCAGCCAACAACAGCAACCUUGUUCUCCAGCCCCAAAACAUAUCACUACAGCAAACCGCCAUUCAGCAGACCUGGUUAUCGGGUAACCUCCCCAACAUUCCAGCCUCCACCACAACCAGCACAGACACCAGACGAAUGUCGGAGCCCUGCCACACCAUGACAGACAGAAAAAGCCCCCCUCCAAGACCGGCUUCCGUCACAUUAUCACCUCUAAAAGGCACUGCGAGUUUGUCGGACCUCCAUCCCAAUCAAGCAGUGGUUCUAGACGAAGUCGGUGAAGGAGAAAUGGUAGAGAAUAAACUAGUGAUCCCCGACGAGAUGGUUCGGUACCUGAAUCAAGUAGCAGACAAUCAAACGGGAGACGUCACCGCCAUGAGUUGGUCGGAAACACCGGGAAAUGUCCAGAAGCCCUUAUCAAGCCCCUCGCAAAUGCUACAAUCCCCGCCUAAUUUCCCCAUUUUGCCUUCGCCGCAAAACACUAACAUGAUGUCGCCGUCGUCGGCCAUAAAUCAACUGCUACCCUCGCCGAAUAAUAUUAAUCAGAUGAUGCCUUCACCAUCGGCUAAUUUGAAUCAAAUAAUGCCUUCACCGGCACCUACCAUGAAUCACAUGAUGCCGUCGCCGGCCAGUAAUCAAAUGAUGUCUCCUUCAUCAAAUAUUAAUCAAGUAAUGCCAUCACCAAGUUCAAACUACCAAGUGAUGUCUUCACCAUCUUCAAACUACGGGGGCAUGCAGAAUCCUAUGCUCUCCCCAGCGCAGAAUAUGAAUCAAAUGGUACCUUCGCCGAUGCCAGGGCGUUGCCACUCGCAAAUGAUGUCGCCCAGUGCAAACCCCCAAGUGCCUCAGAACUGUAUAAUGACUCCAAACGGACAGAUUAUGGUGCAGAACAGUCAAAUGAUGAUGGCAAAUGGUCAGAUGAUGUCGGGGAACUGCUACAACAGACAGACGAGUCACAACAGUUGUUAUAAUAAUUGGGACAACAGCGCUAUGUGUCAGAACAUGAACGUGGUCCAGAACGAGCAUCACGGUAUGUGCGGCAGGACUCAGAACGACUACAACAAUCAGUGUCGUCCGCAGAUGAAUGUCAAUAACAGUUAUUUGAACGGAACGCCUAUGGUUCCAAAUCAGUGCACCAACCACAACUACCAGAUGUGCGCACCAAACUACGUAAAUAACUGCCAGAAUAAGAUGGCGAACAACUACAACUGCAACACGUACCAACCGGGGUACAACUGCGUUCCCAACAUGGGGGAACCGCUUCCGUCUCCUGCCAUGGCGACACCGGCACCAUCGGAAGUUAUGAGCCAGCCUCAACAGGCGCAAUUGAGCAGGCCGUGCACCCACUACACCCAAAACUGCUACCCCACGCCGCCUUACACGAACCAGUGCGUUCCUAAUUCGGGAGGGUGCAGCAACUGUGGCAACUGCAGGAAAACGGGGUUUAACAAAGGUUACAAUCAGUGCGGUAACAACGAGAUACAGUGCAAAGACAUAAGCCAGUCGCAAAUGUCACCCGGGAUUACGAACACGACGGGACAGGGUAGUAACGUAAACGGUACGUCAAUGCUCGGCAUGCGACAGGACGCUUACCAGAGGACUUUAGAGUAUGUGCAGAACUGUCAGUCAUGGGUGACUAAUUCGGAUAUGGUCAGUAGCAGCACGCAUCCUUUGUCGAAGUGCGGGGAAAAGGGUAGGUCGAACAUGGUGGUAAACGACAUGACGUCGUCGCUCAGUUCUCUCCUGGAAGAGAACCGCUACUUGCAGAUGAUCCAGUAGUUUAGAGACGAUGAUGGCGAGGUACAAUUACUGAUUACUUUAAGAUCCCUGUAUAAAAUGUAUAUUGUGAUAUUAAUAAUAUAAUUUGAUUAUGUUAUUUUUGCAAUAAUUCAGUUUAAAGGCUUUAACUCCUGUGUAUAAGAAUUUCUAAUGUAAAAAUUAUAAAUAAUUAUAUAUUAUGUGGAUUCGAGUAACAAUUAUGUUUAUUUAUGUUAAAUUGUAACGGGGUCGGACAAUGAUCUCAGUGCUAAUUAUAAGGCCAUUUACUGCCAUGUUGUAUAAGUAUAUAUCGGACAAACGUAAGUAAGUUUUGUAUAUAUUGAUAGUUUUAUGUUAAAUUUUGUAUUUGCAAAUGGAAAAAUUUAAUAAAUGAUAUGCUUAA